AACAAAAUGGAUGAAGCUUGACUUAAGAACAUGACUACUGAGAUAUAGCAUGCAGCUUUCAAGUUUAAGAAGUUAGAGGAACGCCUGAGAAGCUGCUGGAUAUUACAUGGCCACUCCUUAGGUGCCUUCCGAUUGUGGGAGGCACAAGUGAUGCUUGGCAGUAUUAACAAGUGUGGGGAAAACAAAGAGAGAUCAGACUAUUACUGUGUCUAUGUAGAAAGAAGUAGACAUAAGAAACUCCAUUUUGUUCUGUACUAAGAGAAAUUAUUCUGCCUUGAGAUGCUGUUAAUCUGUAACCCUAGCCCCAGUCCUGUGCCUGCAGAGACAUGUGCUGUGUUGACUCAAGGUUUAAUGGAUUUAGGGCUGUGCAGGAUGUGCUUCGUUAAAAAUGUGUUUGAAGACAGUAUGCUUGGUAAAAGUCAUUAACAUUCUCUAAUCUCGAGUACCCUGGGACACAAUGCACUGUGGAAGGCCACAGGGACCUCUGCCCAGGAAAGCCAGGUAUUGUCCAAGGUUUCUCCCCAUGUGAUAGCCUGAGAUAUGGCCUCGUGGGAAGGGAAAGACCUGACCGUCCCCCAGCCCAUAAAGGGUCUGUGCUGAGGAGGAUUAGUGAAAGAGGAAGGCCUCUUUGCAGUUGAGGUAAGAGGAAGGCAUCUGUCUCCUGCUCUUCCCUGGGAAUGGAAUAUCUCAGUGUAAAACCCGAUCAUACGUUCUAUUUACUGAGAUAGGAGAAAACCACCUUAUGGCUUGAGGUGAGACAUGCUGGCGGCAAUACUGCUCUUUACUGCACUAAAAUGUUUGUGUAAAGCCAUAAAUCUGGCCUACGUGUAUAUCGAGGCACAGCACCUUUCCUUAAACUUAUUUAUGACACAGAGAUCUUUGCUCACGUUUUCCUGCUGACCCUCUCCCCACCAUUACACUAUAGUCCUGCCACAUCCCCCUCACCAAGAUGGUAGAGAUAGUGAUCAAUAAAUACUGAGGGAACUCAGAGACCAGUGCUGGUGCUGGUCCUCUGGGCCCACUAUUCUUUCUCUAUACUUUGUCUCUGUGUCUUAUUUUUUUUUCUCAGUCUCUCGUCCCACCUGACGAGAAACACCCACAGGUGUGGAGGGGCUGGCCCCCUUCAACAAGUCACCAGGCCACCAAGAAACCUCCUUCAGCUGGGUACAUAUCCAACACAGGCCCUUGGGGUCAAGAGUGUCAAAACUCACCUCAAAAAUUGAUUUCUAUUUCUCUGAGUUUCAUUUCACUUUUUAAAACACACUUUAAAAAAUAUUGCAUCAUCAGCUUUAUUGCUGACUGGGAAAACUAUGAGGACAGACAGGCUUAAAUUAUCUGUGCACGCAGAGGGAAAGAUAAGGCAUAUUACCUUGUUGGAACUCAUUUUUUUUUUUUUUUUGAGAUGGAGUCUCCUCUUUAGCCCAGGCUGGAGUGCAGUGGCACGAUCUCUGCUCACUGCAAGCUCUGCCUCCCGGAUUCACGCCAUUCUCCUGCCUCAGCCUCCCGAGUAGCUCGGACUACAGGCGCGUGCCACCACGCCCGGCUAAUUUUUUGUAUUUUUUUAGGGGAGAAGAGGUUUCACCAUGUUAGCCAGGAUGGUCUCUAUCUCCUGACCUCGUGAUCCACUCGCCUCGGCCUCCCAAAGUGCUGAGAUUACAGGCGUGAGCCACCGCGCCUGGCCCUGGAACUCAUUUUUAAAAAAAUUUUUUUGAGAUGGAGUCUUGCUCUGUCGCCCAGGCUGGAGUGCAGUGGCGCGAUCUCGGCUCACUGCAAGCUCCGCCUCCCGGGUUCACACCAUUCUCCUGCCUCAGCCUCCCGACUAGCUGGGACCACAGGCGCCCGCCACCACGCCCGGCUAAUUUUUUGUAUUUUUAGUAGAGACGGGGUUUCACGUGUUAGCCAGGAUGGUCUCGAUCUCCUGACCUCAUGAUCCGCCCGCCUCGGCCUCCCAAAGUGCUAGGAUUACAGGCGUGAUUUUUAUAUUUUGCUCUAGACUGUCAUUCCUUAAGAAAUCUUCCUUAAAAUAGUGGUUGCAAAAUGGAGGCCCAUGGGCUGGAUUCAGCCUGUAAAACUGUUUUGUUUGGACUGUAGAGUUAAAAAAAAAAAAACAAAAAAAAAACCCUGUAUUUCCAGCGUCUCUUAUUGAAAAUCGUAUGUGGCACCGGACUUUUAGUGGUACAAGACAGCAACUGUCUCUAGCUGACAGUUGUUUCCUUUAAAAGCCGUUAAGAGUUCUUUAAUUUGCGAACCCUCGCCAUUCACGGAAUACCUGCUUGUGUUCUUGUAUCCAGGGCACUGGAGUGCGUGCCAGCUGGUCUGGAAGCAGCUCCAGCAAGUCACUUACACGGCGGCCAGGGGCGGCCUGAGAGGGUAACUUUCAAUCCGAGACCCGCCGGGAAUGACUUUGGGAUAAUCACAACCUCUGGUCCUCAGUUUCCUUACCUGCGAAAUGGGGCUGAUAACGCACAGCUGUGGGAAGUACCGGCCCAAAUGCGGGGCUUGGGGACACGACCACCAUUCCCGCCCACUGGUCCCCACGCCAGGCCUCGCUCUCCACCCCUCCCGCCGCGGGCCCCCGCGCUUCGCCGAGGUCGGCCCCGGGCGCCGAGAGGCGUGGUCGGCCCGAGUGGACCCUCGCGGCGGCCAUGGCGUCGGUGGUGGAAUACAAGGGCCUCAGGGCCGGCUACCACUGCGGCUACUGCGACUCCAAGGAGGGCAAAGCGUCCUGCGGCAUGUGGGCACAUUCCAUGACAGUACAGGAUUAUCAGGAUCUCAUAGACCGAGGAUGGCGAAGAAGUGGAAAAUAUGUGUACAAACCUGUCAUGAAUCAAACAUGUUGUCCUCAGUACACAAUAAGGUGCCGACCUUUACAAUUUCAGCCUUCAAAAUCUCACAAGAAGGUUUUGAAAAAAAUGUUGAAAUUUCUGGCUAAAGGGGAGGUUCCCAAAGGAAGUUGUGAGGAUGAGCCCAUGGAUUCCACAAUGGAUGAUGCUGUUGCGGGUGACUUUGCAUUGAUAAAUAAAUUGGAUAUACAGUGUGAUCUUAAAACACUCAGUGAUGACGUCAAAGAGAGUUUAGAGAGUGAAGGAAAAAAUUCAAAGAAAGAAGAACCUCAUGAAUUACUUCAGUCACAAGAUUUCGUAGGAGAGAAGUUGGGCUCUGGUGAACCAUCACAUUCAGUUAAAGUUCACACAAUUCCUAAGCCAGGCAAAGGGGCUGAUUUGAGUAAGCCUCCAUGUCGAAAAGCAAAGGAAAUCCGGAAAGAAAGGAAAAGGUUAAAACUAAUGCAGCAGAACCCAGCUGAAGAACUUGAGAGUUUCCAGGCUCAAGGUCACCCACCAUCUUUGUUUCCACCAAAGGCUAAAUCCAACCAGCCCAAAUCACUCGAAGAUUUAAUUUUUGAAUCUUUACCAGAGAAUGCAUCACACAAGUUAGAGGUGAGGGUGGUGAGAUCAUCUCCACCAAGUUCGCAGUUCAAAGCCACACUUCUGGAGUCUUACCAGGUCUAUAAACGUUACCAGAUGGUUAUUCACAAGAACCCACCUGAUACGCCAACCGAAAGCCAGUUCACAAGAUUCCUUUGCAGUUCACCCUUGGAGGCAGAGACUCCCCCUAAUGGGCCAGAUUGUGGCUAUGGCUCCUUUCACCAGCAGUACUGGCUUGACGGAAAGAUCAUUGCUGUGGGGGUGAUUGACAUCCUCCCAAACUGUGUAUCAUCUGUGUAUUUGUACUACGAUCCUGAUUAUUCGUUUCUGUCUUUGGGCGUCUACUCUGCACUACGGGUCAGUAUAGACCUUCUGAUUUGCUGUGCCCUGAGACAUAUGUUUGGGUACCCAUUGAGCAAUGCCUGCCUUCACUUGAAAACUCCAAGUACUGCCGUUUCAACCAGGACCCAGAAGCAGUGGAUGAAGAUCGCAGUACGGAACCUGACCGAUUGCAGGUGUUUCACAAGAGAGCCAUCAUGCCUUACGGUGUUUAUAAGAAACAGCAGAAAGACCCAAGUGAGGAGGCCGCUGUUCUGCAGUACGCCAGCCUGGUGGGGCAGAAGUGCUCCGAGCGGAUGCUGCUGUUCAGAAACUGACCUGUUCGCCUCUGCCGGGGGGUUCCUGUGUUGUGCUGAUGAUUUGUGCCAGGAUACAUAUUCAGUACCUGUGGGGAAAUAACUGUCACCACCCACAAAUUAGACAUUUUUUAUUUUGACUGUCUAUGGCUUUUAAAAAAUAUUUUGUGGCAAUGUAUCUGUGAGAAUCUCAUGGUUAAUAUAAAGAUUUUAAAACUGCAUUAUGACCUAGCCCCCAUAAUUGGGGUUUAUCAUUUUGGAGGUUUCUUUCUAGAGCAAGAUAUGCUCAAAUUCUCCUGUUUGUAUUUUGUAAAAUGAAGAAGUGAAUCUAAGUAACUUAAUCACAGUUGUGUAUUUUUUUUUGGUUCUGUUAGAGAAAUUAAAACAGACUGUUUCCUCAGGCCCAUUUUAAACUGAACUUAUGCUAGGAAACCUUAAGUAUGGGAAAGGUAGAAAGUUCAUUUCAUCACUUAGAAAAUAUGUCUUCUCAAGAACAAAACUGUGUGCUGUUACUCAGUGUUCAAUAUUAAAUUGCUGCCAAAUGUUACGUAGUUUAAUAGAGAACUUGAAAAAAUAAAACAUUACAAUGGAUCUUGUGUUAGCUUCAGGUAUCCAUUUGUUCAGGACAGUCCUGUUCAUGUCUGUUGUCUUGGCAUAGUUUUUUCCCCUAGAAUAUAGUACUCCCUUUUACUCUAAAAAAUAUCCCAGUUUGGACAAUAAAAUACAUAAUUACUCUAGUUAUAUUAUUUGCUUUAUUUCUAAAAAUGUAAGAAAUUGAAUUUUUUUAAAGAAAAAUGUUGGUUCCUGCCUUGAUCUAAGCCUCAUCCAAAGGAAAUAAAUAGUCACUAGUUUUUUAUCUUACAACUCAGGACAUUUGUCUUUGGUUAUUAAUGGAAAUUAGUAUGUGAUUACUUUCAUAGUUGAUGCCACAAAUCACAUUUAAGAAGGAAUCAUUCUGACCUCUGUUCCAGGACAAGAGCUAGAACAAUCCAUUUCUUGUCCUUUGAUGUGAGACUCAGAGUCAAGGUGGCUUCUGCCACCCUUAGUAACUCAGAGCAGAGGCCAGCCUCCUCCUUCCCUCUCACUUUCUUUUGCUGAGUCCUUUGCCCACCUGUCAAGGUGGCAGGUACUGUGCUGGAUACAGGAGGACAGUCAGACAUGUCCCUUCUUAGCUAUAGUCGAGCUGUCUGGGAAACAGGAUGAAGAACAGAGGAGGGUUAUUUUCUUGUGCCCUCUUUGUCAGCUGAUCCCCUCUUCUGCUACCAGCUGUUUGGCCAGCAGGCCCUUUUUAGUCCCCACUUUGCCCAUUUUUCUGUUUUGGUUCAUCGUUUCUUAAAAGCCAUAUUAUAAAACAUGGUAGUUUGAAUCCUGUUGCUAAUUUUAAACUUUUCUCUAAAAUAUACUGAAUUUUGACAAAAAUUUGAAAAUAUCCUCAGCUAACUAGAAUAAAAAGGAUCAUAAAACAAUGAUUUUAAAAAUGAAAUCUCUAGAAACUCAACAUCCGAGUCAGCCGUAUUUCUUCAGUCAGAGUGUGUGUGUCACACCUGCCAAGGUGCCGAGUACUGUGCUAACCGAGCUAGAGUAGUGAGCAAAGCCAUUUUCUCUGAUCACAAGAUUUUACAUUUUUCUGGGAUUUUGACCUGCAAAAUAGUCUCGUAAGAGCAUUUGAGAGACUUACUUGGAACUGCCUUCAGAAUCUAUAGAGCCUUUUUUCUCUUUUUCCUCUAAAAUGAAAAGAGCUUCAUUUUAUGAUUAUAACAAAAGUGAUACUGUAUGCAGUUAGAACAUUAAGAAGUAUAAAUAAAAAGUAAAAGUCAUCUAAAACCCUACCAUACUCAAAAGAAGAAAAGAACUGUCAUGUAUGUAUACACACAUACCUAUGUAAUUUUAAUAUAAAUAGAAUUAUGUUCUACAUGCUGUUUUAUUUCCUCAACAGUAAAUUAUGGACAUGUCUGAAAUUUGAAAUUUCAAAAUAAGGCUUUAGAAAGUGUAGUAAGUAAUCUCUGCAUUAUUAAAAAAAAAUAAGCAGGGUAGGGCUGGUACUUGGCUCCCUUAGCAUUUGAAUGUCUAACUUGAUGUUAUCACUGCAUCUUCCCUCCUUUUGUCUUUGUGAUUAGCGUGUAAAAUGGUAUUCAUAAAGAUCACAACCCUUGAAUAUCAAAUGAAGAGAAAACUUGACUCCAAGUUUCCAAGGAAGAAACUCUGGUUUCUUCCUGCAGAAUUCAUUUUCAGAGGAAAAUGAUGAAUCAUCCCUGUCUGUGAACCACUGUGCUUUCCGACGGUGGCAUUGUAGGUUGACGCCAGCAAAGCCUCAGAGUGACUUGAGCAUUGGAGAUCCUUCUACUUGGCUGCUGUUUUCAUGCAUUAUGUUUGUUUGAGAAUAGAUAGUGUAUUGAUCCGAGUAGUUAAAGUGUCUUAAAAGGACACCUAUUUGUCCUUUCGAGCCCCAGCUGAGUGAAUAUUGAUAGUGAGCUAGAAAAGCAUAGUCAAGAAAAGUGACCCACCUUCUUAGCUGACCAGCAGUUUAGCUGAGAGAUCUGAUUUUAUGUUCGUGGCUUUCUGUAAAGAAAGACACAAGGACUUUUCAAAGACAGUUUAUAUCUUUCCAAGGCAGGAAGCUUUGCAUUUGCAAUCUUAGUGUUGUGUCCCCGUCUGAUUUCAAAUACAUCACACCUGCCUUCCUGUUUUGGAAGCAAAGAUGUAGUUUCGAUUCCCCGUGCUACCAUCCUUAUUUAAAUUAUUUCCAUUCUAAGAGAUUUUUGUUAUUUUUUUAAAUGUAAUCUGAGCACUUUUUUGUAUUCUAAAAGAUAGAUGCUAUCAGAUAAAUAUAUUGUUCAUUUGAUUAAAAUUAUUUAGAUAAAUAUUACUAUGUUGACUUUUAAAUAGCUUUAUCCUAUUUUUCAUUCAUUUUGCAAAUAUUUGUUGUGUGUAGUUUUUUAACAUGUCAGAAUCUAUUAUGUAAAGGAACCUUUUCAGAUUUCUGAACAGUAUAUGCUUUGAUUGUAUAGGCUUUAUAUUAUUUCAGUAUGAAUAAAGAUAAGGAAUAUGAAACAGUUAACUAAAAUGUAUCUGUCGUUGCUAACUUGAAAGAAAUGAAGUAGAAACAGUUGGAAAAUGUUUGAAUUAGAAGUUAUUCAAGUGCACAUUCUCUUCUAAAAGAAAACCAAUGACUGUAAGGCAAAACAAGUUUGAUUGCAUGUGGUAUUUUUUGCUCUUGUAUAUGCUUUUUGAACAAGCUAUUUGAUAAAGCCUGAAUGGAAAAAAUAAAAGCUGUUUCUAUCUGCA